CUCACACAGCCAAUCACGGUUAGAGCAGACGGUGACGUAGAAAUGUCAUGUUACUGUGAUCUCUUGUGUUUCUAAAUCGUGUAGUCACUGUGAGGAGCUAAGAGUCUCACACUCAGAGUUCACAAGUUUUAGCGGUUAGGAUCACACAACACCUUCAAAAUGUCUAUUAUGUCCUAUAACGGAGGGGCCGUCAUGGCCAUGCGGGGGAAGAAUUGUGUGGCCAUCGCAGCGGACCGGCGGUUCGGCAUUCAGGCUCAGAUGGUCACCACAGACUUCCAGAAGAUCUUCCCCAUGGGAGACAGACUGUACAUCGGACUGGCUGGUCUGGCCUCUGAUGUUCAGACAGUAUCCCAGAGGCUGAAAUUCAGAUUGAACCUGUAUGAGCUGAAAGAAGGUCGCCAGAUCAAACCUAAAACCUUCAUGAGCAUGGUGUCCAACCUGUUGUACGAAAGGAGGUUCGGUCCAUACUACAUUGAGCCGGUGAUCGCUGGACUUGAUCCCAAAACCUUUGAACCUUUCAUCUGCUCCUUGGAUUUGAUUGGCUGCCCCAUGGAGACGGAGGACUUUGUUGUGAGCGGCACCUGCUCGGAGCAGAUGUACGGCAUGUGUGAAUCUUUGUGGGAGCCGGACAUGGAACCAGAGGACCUGUUUGAGACCAUCUCCCAGGCGAUGCUGAAUGCAGUUGAUAGAGAUGCAGUCUCUGGUAUGGGAGUCGUCGUACAUGUCAUCGAGAAAGACAAGAUCACCACACGAACCCUGAAGGCCAGGAUGGACUAGAGCUUCAGUUUCCCCCCACACGUCACUAUCACACAUGUUUUGUAUAAAAUAAUAAACGAUGCCUGUACUCUGUCUUGUUUUCUUAUUGGUAAAGUUCAAUAAAUGAACAUAGGGUUUAAACAUUGAA